AUGGUGGACAGAGUGCCAGUAUGGUUGGACGUCGACACAGGCCACGAUGACGUCUUUGCCAUUCUCAUUGCGGCGCAUCAUCCACGGUUGAAUUUCCUUGGUGUUAGCUCAACGCACGGUAACUCUCCUCAAAUCCACACCACGAACAACUCGAGCGCCGUCCUCAGCGCCGUGGGCAGGCCGGACGUCAAGGUUUAUCCUGGAUCUGUCAAGCCCUUCUGUCGCGAAGAAGUCGAUACGCCGGACAUUCAUGGUCCCACGGGUCUCGGUGGUACGACUCUCCUCCCCCAGCCAAUGAACAAUAUUGUCCAUGAUGUAAACUUUCUUGUCGCCACUCGCGACGCUAUCAUGGCACAACCUCCUCAUACGGCGUGGUACGUGGCCACCGGGCCUUGCACAAAUGCUGCCCUGUUGUUCUCAGCCUAUCCCGAGGUCGCCGACCAUCUUGCUGGUUUGAGCAUCAUGGGUGGCGCUGUCGGAGGUGAUUUCUGCCCUCAGAUCUCGAAAGAGUUUGGCAAAACGCUGGGUCAAGCUGAGGGUUUUGGAAACGAGACUCCUUGGGCCGAAUUCAACAUCUAUUGCGACCCUGAAGCCGCGCAGGCAGUCUUUUCGAACCCUGUGGUAUCAGCGAAAACCACUCUCGUCACACUCGAUCUGACACAUCAAUGUCUGGCAACUAAAGAAAUCCGCGACCGAUUCUUAGGCUCCGAGAAGCCCAGUCAACUGCGCCUCUUCCUUCACGAGAUACUCACCUUUUUCGCACAGAGUUAUGUGGAAUGGUUUGAUGUGUACGAGGGCCCUCCUUUGCAUGACCCACUCGCCGUUGCUGCCCUAUUUGGGUAUUCUAGUGGCAUAUACGAGGAUGAUGGCGACCGAUACGCUGUCAAAGUUGUGACGGAUGGAGCACACAGCCCGCUUGACUCUGUGAGGGGACAGGUGGGCAGGACCAUCGUCAAGAAGGUGGAGGCAGGCGUAGAUGGUGUUGCGGAAGGCGUAAGGAUACCUAGGCAUCUGCAUACGCAUGCAUUCUGGGAUGUCUUGGAGCAGUGCAUGAAGACUGCAGAUGAAACGACAUUAGCCUCGAGGCCGUGA